GAAUCAUGUGUUUCUAAAUCUGCUUUUGCAGCUGUUGCUGGUACAGUUUUGGGAGGUGCUUUUGGUAUUAUUAGUGCCAGUUUUACACUUGAAAAUACAUAUAUGAAAACUCCACAACAAAUUAUUCGUGAAGAAUCAAUGACAGGAAGGGAGAAAGUGAGAGAAUACUUUAGAGAAACAAAGAAUAGAUGUGUCAGUAUGGGUAAAUCAUUUGGUGCUGUUGGUGCUUUAUAUAGUUUCUUUGAAUGUAGUUUGGAGAAGGUGAGAGGUAAGAAAGAUGUUAAGGGAAGUUUAAUGGCUGGUUGCAUUUCUGGUGCUGUUCUGGCUAGAAAAGCUGGUAUUGGUCCAAUGAUUUUAGGUUGUGCUACAUUCAGUGCUUUCAGUGGUGCUAUUGAUUAUUAC